CCGGAGGUCUCCAUUUUGGUUUGUUCCCAGCUCUGACUUCAGAGGUGAUGUAAAUGUAGCGCGGCAUUAAACCCCGUAGUUUCUGAACGUGUCGCGUGGCCGAACAGCAGCAAAUGCGACACACUAAAAGUAUCUGGGUUUUUCUACGUUGUAGAAAAAAUCAUUCCUAGAGAGAAAUGGUUCUCAAAGAAGGGGGACCGGAAGUAAGUGCCAACUUUUUCCGUUACGUACCACGUGCGUCGCCGUGAGAUGCAGCCGGAGUUCAGCAGCAGAGCCUGCAUGUGAGGAUAAACGUGUUUAAGUGGACUCUGUUUAAACUUUAAGACUCAUCGCUAGCAGGAAGUAGUCUGCGUCUUGUAAUGUAAUAUGAGCUCGGCCUCACAGUCGGAGCAGCUUCCAUAGAGACCAAACUGUUUUUCACGGAGCCAAAAUGUCCAGAUAGAGCUGCCUGAAUAGACUCCGGGCUGUUUUCUUUAUAAAGCUUUGUGGACAACGCAAACUACUGGACGCUGUUUUCAAGCCUGAAGUCCGGUUACACAGAGCAGACAUCCAGCUGCUGGUGAGUAAAGGAGAGGUUCCCCCUGAACAGCAGGAGUUGAGGCCCACCAUGGACCAGGAGGACCCACCAGAGCCCCCACUCAUUAAAGAAAAGUGGAGCCACAGUCUGGACCAAGUGGACCCACCAGAGCCCCCACUCAUUAAAGAGAAGAGGAGCCCCAGUCUGGACCAGGAGGACUCCCCAGAGCCCCCACUUAUUAAAGAGAAGAGGAGCCCCAGUCUGGACCAGGAGGACCCAGCAGAGCCCCCACUCAUUAAAGAGAAGAGGAGCCCCAGUCUGGACCAGGAGGACCCAGCAGAGCACUCACUCAUUAAAGACGAACAGGAGGAACUCUGGACCAGUCAGGAGGGAGAGCAGCUUCGAGGGCUGGAGGAGGCUGAAAUCACCAAGUCCCCUUUCACUCCUGUGCCUAUGAAGAGUGAAGAAGAUGAUGAAGAAAAACCUCAGUCCUCACAGCUUCAUCAAAGACUAACUGAGCAGAUGGAAACAAAAACUAAUGGAGAUGACUGUGGAGGACCAGAACCAGCCAGGAACUCAGAUCCAGAUGGACAUUUUCAACCUGAGGUUGAUGACAAGAUGUCCCACUCUGAACCUAAGACUGAUGACAGUUGUGAUUGGGAGGAGACCAGGGAGCCUCAGUCAGGUUCAAACCCUCUGCAAAGCAAUGAAGUACCUCAGCAGGAACAAAGUGGACUUCAAACACCAGAGCCUCCACACAUUAAAAGAAAGUGGAGCUCUUGCAUGGACCAGGAGGACCCACCAGAGCUCCCACUCAUUAAAGAGGAGUGGAGCCCCAUUCUGGACCAGGAGGACCCACCAGAGCCCCCACUCAUUAAAGAAAAGUGGAGCCACAUUCUGGACCAAGUGGACCCACCAGAGCCCCUACACAUUAAAGAGAAGAGGAGCCCCAGUCUGGACCAGGACGACUCCCCAGAGCCCCCACUCAUUAAAGAGAAGAGGAGCCCCAGUCUGGACCAGGAGGACCCAGCAGAGCCCCCACUCAUUAAAGACAAACAGGAGGAACUCUGGACCAGUCAGGAGGGAGAGCAGAUUCGAGGGCUGGAUGAGGCUGAAAUCAUCAAGUCCCCUUUCACUCCUGUGCCUAUGAAGAGUGAAGAAGAUGAUGAAGAAAAACCUCAGUCCUCACAGCUUCAUCAAAGACUAACUGACCAGAUGAAAACAGAAAUUGAUGGAGAGGACUGUGGAGGACCAGAACCAGCCAGGAACUCAGAUCCAGAUGGACAUUUUCAACCUGAGGUUGAUGACAAGAUGUCCCACUCUGAACCUAAGACUGAUGACAGUUGUGAUUGGGAGGAGACCAGGGAGCCUCAGUCAGGUUCAAACCCUCUGCAAAGCAAUGAAGUACCUCAGCAGGAACACAUUGGACUUCAAACACCAGAGCUCCCACACAUAAAAGAGAAGUCCAGCCCCAGCAUGGACCAGGAGGACCCACCAGAGCCCACAGACAUUAAAGACGAACAGGAUGAACUCUGGACCAGUCAGGAGGGAAAGCAGCUUCAAGAGCAUCAAAGACUAACUGAGCAGAUGGAAACAAAAACUGAUGGAGAGGACUGUGGAGGACCAGAACCAGCCAGGAACUCCAAUCCAGAUGGACAUUUUCAACCUGAGGUUGAUGACAAGAUGUCCCACUCUGAACCUAAGACUGAUGACAAUUGUGAUUGGGAGGAGACCAGGGAGCGUCAGUCAGGUUCAAACCCUCUGCAAAGCAAUGAAGUACCUCAGCAGGAACAAAGUGGACUUCAAACACCAGAGCCUCCACACAUUAAAAGAAAGUGGAGCUCUUGCAUGGACCAAGAGGACCCACCAGAGCUCCCACUCAUUAAAGAGGAGUGGAGCCCCAUUCUGGACCAGGAGGACCCACCAGAGCCCCCACUCAUUAAAGAAAAGUGGAGCCACAGUCUGGACCAAGUGGACCCACCAGAGCCCCCACUUAUUAAAGAGAAGAGGAGCCCCAGUCUGGACCAGGACGACUCCCCAGAGCCCCCACUCAUUAAAGAGAAGAGGAGCCCCAGUCUGGACCAGGAGGACCCAGCAGAGCCCCCACUCAUUAAAGACAAACAGGAGGAACUCUGGACCAGUCAGGAGGGAGAGCAGAUUCGAGGGCUGGAGGAGGCUGAAAUCACCAAGUCCCCUUUCACUCCUGUGCCUAUGAAGAGUGAAGAAGAUGAUGAAGAAAAACCUCAGUCCUCACAGCUUCAUCAAAGACUAACUGACCAGAUGGAAACAAAAACUAAUGGAGAUGACUGUGGAGGACCAGAACCAGCCAGGAACUCAGAUCCAGAUGGACAUUUUCAACCUGAGGUUGAUGACAAGAUGUCCCACUCUGAACCUAAGACUGAUGACAGUUGUGAUUGGGAGGAGACCAGAGAGCCACAGUCAGGUUCAAACCCUCUGCAAAGCAAUGAAGUACCUCUGCAGGAACACAAUGGACUUCAAACACCAGAGCUCCCACACAUAAAAGAGAACUGGAGCUCUAGCAUGGACCAAGAAGAGGAUCCACCAGAGCCCCCACACAUUAAAAGAAAGUGGAGCCCCAGCAUGUACCAGGAGGAUCCACCAGAGCCCCCACACAUUAAAAGAAAGUGGAGCCCCAGCAUGUACCAGGAGGACCCACCAGAGCCCCCACACAUUAAAGAUGAACAGGAGGAACUCUGGACCAGUCAGGAGGGAAAGCAGCUUCAAGAGCAUCAAAGACUAACUGACCAGAUGGAAACAGAAACUGAUGGAGAGGACUGUGGAGGACCAGAACCAACCAGGAACUCUGAUCCAGAUGGACAUUUUCAACCUGAGGUUGAUGACAAGAUGUCACACUCUGAACCUAAGACUGAUGACAGUUGUGAUUGGGAGGAGACCAGGGAGCCUCAGUCAGGUUCAAACCCUCUGCAAAACAAUGAGGUACAUGGACGUGAUCAGGAAUGUAGUACUGGAACAACAUCAAGUAGCUCCUCUGAAUGUGCAACAAGCUCUGGCCACAAUGGACUCCAAACAGGAGUGAAACCGUUGAGUUGCUCAGUUUGUGGUAAAACCUACCUCCGGAAGAACAAUUUAACCUGUCAUAUGAGAUGUCAUUCAGUAAAAAUCAUUUACAGCUGCUCAGUUUGUGAAAGAAAUUUUAUUUCUGAAAGCGUUUUGUCCAGACACAAGAGAAGCCACACAGCGGAAAAGCCAUUUUGUUGCCCAGAUUGUGGUAAAAGGUACAGCUUGGAGAAGGUUUUUAUGACUCAUAUGAGACUUCAUUCAGGAGAAAAGCGUUUUAGCUGCUCAGUUUGUAAAGAAACUUUUCCAUGCAGAGGAGAUCUUGGGAAGCACAUGGAAGACCACAAAAACAGGAACAAAGGAUACGGCUGCAGUGUUUGUGGCAAAAGAUUCUCUAGGUGGUCCCAGCUCAAUAGCCAUCAGUGUGUUGUUUUGGAGGAGACAAGGAAACCUCAGUCAGGUUCAAAGCCUUCACAAAACAAUGAAGUACCUGUAAGUGAUCAGGAAUGUAGUACUGUAAAAACAUCAAGUAGCUCCUCUGAAUGUGCAACAAGCUCUGGCCACAAACCCAAUGAUGUACCUGUAAGUGAUCAGGAAUGUAGUACUGUAAAAACAUCAAGUAGCUCCUCUGAAUGUGCAACAAGCUCUGGCCACAAUCCCCAAACAGAAGAGAAACCAUUUCGUUGCUCAGUAUGUGGUAAAACAUAUGUUCUGGAGCACACCUUAAAGAAACAUAUGAGACUUCAUUCAGAAACACAGUUUUACAGAUGCUCAAUUUGUAAUCAGACUUUCAUUACCGAAAGCAGUGUGUCCAUACACGAGAGAAGCCACACUGUGGAAAACCCCUUUAGUUGUUCUGUCUGUGGCAAAGGAUUCACACUAAAGCAAGAACUGAGGCGACACAUGAAAGCAGGGCUGCACUUAACAGUUGUUUCUUAAUCCGUAAAUCUAAACAUUAUUUCUGUCUUAGUUCAUUAAAGGUGGAGUAAGUUAUUGUAAUACAAUACAUGUCUUUUUGACAGAUUUAGUUAAUAUCUCCUCAUGAUCCGUUAGCUGUCCGUUCUGUGUGUGAACGAUGAAAACAGAUCCGGUGUACUCAGCCAUUUAUGGUCUGAUGUGCCGGCUCUUGAAAUCUCGUCCUCUCAGCAUGUUGGCUUUAAGUUCGCUUUUGCAGCUGCAACUGUAAUGACAGUAUGCUAAGAUACAAGUUAGCUAACGUUAGUUACAUUAAUUUGUCAUGUAAUUGGACUUGUCCAGAGU